AUGUCUAACACCGAGCACGAAGGACGAAAGGACAUGCCAGGAAAUGCCGCACGACAUACACAAAAAAUGACAUGCGAAACGUCAAAUGGCUCUUCUCCAAUUUUUGCCUCUCACCAUCCGGUUUCUCAUCUUUUGUCGUUUCAGACAUUCACCGAAUUCAAGGAUCUCAGUAAAAGGAAGCUUAGAUUCGCUACCGAAAUUAUUCUCACUUACCCCCAACUUGCGCAUGGCAAAAAAGUUUCACGUGGAAACACAGAAAGAGUGAGCUGUAUUGCUGCUUGGGUGCCCGGCGACGAUGCGAACCUAUGUCAAUCGGUUCCCGAGCACUAUCAAGUCUGCGUCAAGGGAAAUUGUGAUACCACGUGGGCCACCGCCAUAUGUAAUGACGAUAAAAGCCAUCCAGGACAAGAGGUUCUUUGCGAUGCUGGGCAUCAAUUCAAUACCCAGACACAUAAACUAGAAUGUGACGUUGCUAAGAAUGGUUCAAGGGACCAUACAAGAUAUUGCGAUCGCUUAAAAGAUGGAACAGCUCCGCAAUGCGAUAAGGAAGCCUGUCGAGUCUUGGAGGAGAAUGGAAUAGGGAUUCAGAAUCGUUGA